CCACUCCUGGCUGCUCCAGGAACUGAGCUGUGACUGGGAAUUACACAACUUCUGGAAAAGUCCAAAGCCACAGGGCGUGAGUCACAGUGUCAACAUCACCGCUAGGUUCUGUAUAAAUACCUAGCGGAAGACAGCCUCACUGCAAUUCAUCCGCUCUGAAGAGGCAAGAUCAACAGGGAGGUGUGUACUGCAUCAGUCGCUUGGUAUCUAAGAAACAGUAAUGAUGAGAGUCUUUGGGUCACUAGUGGGCCUUGCUUUGCUUCUGGUAUCUACUGAGUGUCUGCUGCCUCCAUCCAAGGAGGAUCUAAGCCAGAUUUCUCUCCUGGGGGUGAAGUACCUGGACAAGCAGAUAGAGAAUGCCAUCAGUGGGGUGAAGGAGAUGAAGACAGUGAUGGAGAGGUCUGGAGAUGAUCACAAUAAGUUCCUGAGUGCCCUGGAGAAAACUAAACAGCAAAAAGAGGAUGCUCUGAAGGCAGCUCAGGAGAUGGAGACUAAACUGAGUGAGGAGCAGGAGGUGUGCAACGGCACCAUGCAGUCUCUGUGGGAGGAGUGCAAGCCCUGUCUGAAGAACACCUGUAUCAAAUACUACUCCAGGACCUGCAGCAGUGGCGCCGGACUGAUCGGCAGACAGCUGGAGGAGGUUCUGAACAGGACCUCUCCAAUCUCCAUCUGGAUCAACGGGGAGAACAUGGAUGUUCUGGAGAGGGAGGACCAGGAGCAGAGCCAGAGGUUCCAGAACCUGGAGGAGCGUUACUCCGACGUGGCCGAUGGGGUGGACAGUAUCUUCAUGGACAGCUUGAGGGUGUUUGACCACAUGCGUUCCCUCAACCCUCCCAUGUUCUCCAGCCCCUUCCACAUGCCCAGUAUCUGGGGUCAGAGUGAGAGGGCCAAUGAGAGAGCAGAGAUGGCAGAGGCGGGCGAGGUGCGCUCCCGUAUGGUCAGGUCCGCUUUGCAGGACCCAGACUUCCAUGGGUUCCACAACAUGUUCUCUCCUAUGAUGGACAUGGCCCGGAAUAUCUUCAGCUCCAUGGGGCCUGUCAUGGACGCAGACGCUAACUUUGACAUCAACCCCUCAGAGGAGGGGAGUGUGAAUGAGGAUGUUGUUGUGACAAAGCCUUCCGGUAUGACCUGCAGAGAGAUACGUCGCAAUUCUGCUGGCUGCAUUAAACUGCGAGGAGAGUGUGAAAAAUGCGUAGCGAUCCAGGAUAUUGACUGCUCAGGGAAGAAGCCUCUGGCUGGUCCUCUGAAGAAGGACCUGGAGCAGGCCCUGGCCAUGGCAGAGAAGUUCACUCAGGAGUACAGCAAGCAGCUGAGGAAGUUUGAGGAGCAGAUGUCCAACACCUCCAGCCUGCUGGACCUUUUCAGCAAGCAGUUUGGCUGGGUGUCUGCCCUGGCCAACAACACCAACAACAAGGAUGGAAUCUUCAAGAUCGAAACGGUCAUGUCCAAGGACACAGAGGACCCUGAGAAGCCAGGGGACACCAAUGUGUCUGUCCAGUUGUUUGACAACCCUGCCAUGACCUUCAGUGUGCCUGGAGACAUCCCCUGGAAUGACCCCAAGUUCUCUGAGGUGGUGGCACAGCAGGCCCUAGACCUCUACAAACAGACCACUGUAGUGGUGAAGUAGAAAUCGGAGGACACCCCACCGUGCACGACUACACAAAGCAGAAUGUUCAGGAUGACUUCACACGGUCAACUAGAAAUAGAAGUGAAACCUAUCAUCAUCAUCAUCAUCGAGCAUAUUAUUACAAGUAAUUGUAUAUUCUGUGUAACUAGAGCUCGUCCUGCUGUAAGAACCAAACAAUAAAUAAACACACCAAGUCCUGUUGUCUUGAGAAAGAAUAUAGUACUGCUGUUGCCCUUGAGUAAAACCUGCUCACGGCUUUUCACUUCAUGUUAAUUGCUACUGUUCCUUUUGUAGUUUUGUGCUCUUCUGCACAGCAACGUGCAAUAUAAAUAAAUGAGACCUGACAAAAACACCA